CAACUCUCUCUCUCUCUCUCUCUCUCUCUCUCUCCCCCUCUCUCUCUCCACUGUCACUUCUACACAAUUCCUUGUCCGAAGCUGAGCCUCCGGACCCCUCCUUGUUCGUCCGAGCUCUUCCGGCAGUGGCCGUCGUCGGAACUUCCGCCAACAGAGUUCAAUGAACAAGGAUUCGGACUGAAUUCAUUUGUUGGUCUUCUACAAGGCAGGUAAAUAUGAAUAAGGAAAAUGAAAAUGCUGCCAAAGUUGAAGAGCCUAAUGUCCGAAUCACAAGAGCACGGGCUAAAGCAUUUGGCGCAUCCGGGGAGGAGCUCUCCUCCUCGAUACUUUUCACUAAAGAAAAUCAGAAGCGUGGUCUUCGAGCGAAUUCCAAAAGAGCAGCAUCAGAUGAGAACAAAGCAUCUGCAAUUGCUACUGUUGGCUUGCAGCAUAAAAGAAGGGCAGUGCUUAAAGAUGUAGGAAACAUCGCCUGUGAGGAUUCAAAUGUUAACUGCACUAAUGCAUCUCAGAUUCAGACUAACAAGCAGGUACAGACUAACAAGCAGGCUAAAAGAGGACUUGGAAAGAAUGUUAAGGUGGCCUCAAAUAUCUCUGAAGCAAUUCCAAUGGUUCAAGAUGACGCAAAAGCAAAGUUAGCUGAGGAAUUAUCCAAAAUAAGGGUGGCAGAACCCUUAGAACCCACUCUGCCAAAAGUGCCAGUACCCCAGGGUAUAUGUCGUACCUUGGGACAGCAUAGAGGAGCAGAUCUGAUGCCUACAAUACAGGCUCCUUCAGAAUCGGCUGAACUUUGUAACCCCAAAAAGAAAGAAGGAAAUAUGGCCUGGGAGAUAGUGGGGUCCUCAAAUGACCCAGACAUUGUGAAUAUUGACUCAAACUUAAAGGAUCCUCUGGCGUGCAGCCUGUACGCCCCUGAUAUUUACAGUAAUAUAUGCCUUGCAGAGGUAGCGCGAAGACCAUCAACUGAUUAUAUGGAAAGAUUGCAGCGAGAUAUUACUCCCAGCAUGCGAGGAAUUUUGGUUGAUUGGCUAGUGGAGGUUUCUGAAGAAUAUAAGCUGGUUCCAGACACACUUUACCUUACAGUAAAUCUCAUUGAUCGGUUUCUCUCUCACAAUUAUGUUGAAAAGCAAAAACUCCAGCUGCUUGGAGUCACUUGCAUGUUAAUUGCCUCGAAGUAUGAAGAAAUUUGUGCACCGCGAGUGGAAGAAUUUUGCUUCAUCACUGACAAUACUUACUCAAGAGAGGAGGUAUUAAAAAUGGAGAUUCAAGUUCUAAAUUUCUCGCACUUCCAGUUAUCUGUUCCCACCACAAAAACAUUUCUUAGGAGAUUCAUUCAUGCAGCUCAAGCUUCUUAUAAGGUUCCUUGUCUUGAACUGGAGUUAUUGGCAAAUUAUUUAGCAGAGUUGACUCUUGUUGAAUACAGCUUCCUGAAGUUCCUACCUUCCCUCAUAGCCGCCUCUGCUGUUUUCCUUGCCAGAUGGACGCUCAAUCAGUCAGACCAUCCAUGGAACCCUACUUUAGAGCACUACACCUCGUACAAAACAUCACAUCUCAAAACUACAGUAGUUGCACUGGAAGAUUUGCAAUUGAACACCACCGGUUGUCCUCUAAACUCUAUUCGCGAGAAGUAUAAACAUCAGAAGUUCAAGUCCGUGGCUACAUUGACCUCCAAACAACGGGUGGUUCACUCUUUCGAAGAUCAAGAAUUCGCUGACUCUUCUAUAAGAGCUGAACCGGGAUGGAUGUUUAUCAGCUAGAAAAAGCUCCCUGCAUUCAGGGACUUCGAGUUUGAGAGACAUCCAGAUCUCCGACAUGAAAGUUCCUUAACCUUCCAUCUAACUUUGUUGUCUGUCUGUCCGUCCCGCCAUUCAUUGCUAAAUGUUAUCUCGUUCUGGUGCUUCCAGAUCUGUCGUUGUAGCCUCAAAUUUUUCUAGAUUAAGACACCGUUAGGACAAACAAUUAUGUAUUUGGGUCUUGGCAAAAUAAUGUACCAAAACUUCUCAUCGCAUGGGGGAAGUUUUAAGAGCGACUGUGCCUUGGGUUGCAAGUUUCAAACAUGAAAUGUAGCUCCUUGAUUGUUUGUAUCUAAAAACUUCAUAUAUGAAAAAGAAAAAUGUUGAAAAAUA